AUGAUAGAUUUAGAUAAUCAAGCACAAUCUAUUCUAACUUGUUUUGACAAGGAAAAUGAGGAAAGUAAAGGCAAAUAUCGGGUUCGCUUGAAUGCUUCAAUUGAUGUUGCAAGGUUUCUUUUAAAAGAAGGAAUGCUCUUUCGAGGCCAUGAUGAGAGUGAAACUUCUGCAAGAAGAGGAAACUUUUUAGAUCUCUUAAAGUGGGAGAUGCUUAGAGACGAUCAAGCAGAAAAAUUAAAGAAACUACUAGUGCUCGGUGAAGUUCAUACAGGAAGUGGAUUGAAUCAAGAACUUGGACUCCAAAGGGCAGGGGAUACACGUUGGAGAUCUCAUUUUAAGACACUUAACAAUCGUUUUGAUAAAGUUAAUGCUGAUCUACUUCUUGGUAUGGCUACUUUAAGUCCAGAUAAUUCUUUUGCAAAUUAUGAUAAAGAGAGGAUUAUGAAACUUGAUACACAUUAUCGUGUUUUCAUGCUUGAGGAUCUUAGUUUUGAGCUUGACAACUAUAUUGAUUAUGUGUGA